AUGAUAUCCAAGGCCCAAGUGAGUGAGCAAUUAAGGCUUCAUAAAUUUGUCUGCGCCAUUCAAGUAGAGUUAGGAUUUCAGCUGCUCACGGCUAGCCUGCUACACCUCCCCAAUUUUGUAAUAAGAACACACCUUCCCCUGUUUCCGAGAAACCCUAAUCUGAAAAACUUUGAGAUGGGGAAAAGAGGAAGUAGCAGCGGGAGCGUUCCUAUUCGGGGAUUUACGAAACUUGUUACAGAAUCAAGAAAUAAGGGAUUAACUGUGGAGGAGAUUGUUGAUGAUCACCGUUCCAAUAACCGUGAAUGCGUUCGGCUGAAACGUCAAACCCUCAUGAUCAAAGUCAAACAAAUCAUAAACUCAUUGAGCGAAGAAGAAGAGGAAAGUGAAGGAAGUAGGACUAAGAAAAAACAGAGGAGAGAUGAUUCAGAACAGAGGAAUUCGGAUUUAUGUAUAUCAUCAUCGCCUUAUUCUGCUUCAUCAUCCGGAAAUGUAUUGACAUCGGAAGAUAACAUGCAGUUUGAUGUCACCAAUGAUGGUUUACGUGUUUCUUACUCUAAUAAAUCCAUGACGCCUUUUUGUGCCGAUACAAUGAAGAAAAUGAAGAUGAAAGGUAUAUCUAGUGAAGAGGGAAGUAAGAAUUGUGAUGUAGAGGUAAAAGGACCAACCUUUAAGGACUUUGGUGGGUUAACCAGUUUAUAG